AUGCAGGCCGAUCGCCGCCGCAUCAACGCUCCAGCAGGAGGCACAGCCCCUCCAGUCUUCUCACUCCCUAGGGAUACCCAAAUUACCAAGCCUACUCGCUCGAGGAAACCUGACGAACACCGGAAGAUAUUCCUGCGCACUGGCGUCGUGCCUUCAGCGAGCGGAAGUGCAUAUUAUGAGAUUUCACCUCAUGUCUCGGAAGCUUCUAAGCAGUUCAGUACGCCCUUAUCCUCAAAUCUGAAGAUCUCAUGCACAGUCCAUGGCCCACGACCUCUCCCCAGAAAUGCGGCAUUCAGUCCGAACCUCCUACUCUCAACCCAUGUAAAAUUUGCGCCGUUUGCUACGCGAGUACGGAGAGGAUAUGUUCGAGACGCGAGUGAGCGAGAUUUGGGCGUGCAUCUUGAGACUGCAUUACGGGGUGUAAUUAUUGGAGAGAGGUGGCCUAAGGCUGGAUGUGAAGUUGUUAUCACUGUGCUCGAAGGCGAGGAGGAUGGGUUCUGGGCGGAUGCGAGUGAAGGAGGGAAAGCUGGCGGUUGGGGAAUGAUGAGUGUGUUGGCUGGAUGCAUCACGGUGGCGAGUGCGGCGCUUUGCGAUGCCGGAAUCGAUUGCGUCGAUCUUGUAUCUGGAGGUGUGGCAGCGCUGGUCAAGACUGAAAGCGGCGGCGAGGAGUACCUGCUGGAUCCUUCACCUCCUGAGCAGGACAUCAAGGCUGCUUGUGUGGUGGGUUAUCUGCAGUCAAGGGACGAAAUCACUGAGAUGUGGAUGAAAGGGGAUUCAGGAGCAGAGAGUGAGACUCUGAUCGAUAGUGCCGUCAAAGCCGCUACUUUGACGAGGACCGUGCUUGCGGAUGCAGUCAGAGAGGCUACUGAGCUUAAGCUAAGCAAGAUGCCAGAGGUCGCGGACAGUGCACCAAACGCAGCUGCACAGGAAAAGCGCAAGGACGUACUCAUGAGUGGAUGAAGACGCGGACGACCUGGAGGUAUCACCACGCCUGGAUCUAGCAGACGCGAAGUAGACAUUGCGUCCUGUUCAAAGUAGAAUCACGGGAGAGGCCGAAUAGGCAUGUCAACAGCGUCGCACGACUCUGGUCGACUUGUUCCGAGCACGAGGAGACAACCAGUAGGACCCAAUGCAACUUGUAAGUUGAGCUUGCACUGGCAAUUUGGGUUUGCCCCCGAAUUCCUUCGACGCAAUAUUGAUAGGCUCUUCAUCUCAACAUUCCAUACCUGUAAACGCAGCUAUGAUCAACGUACAGAAAGUGAGCAGGACUGGCGGUCUCCCAAAGACGCUCACAACAGACACCACUUUCUUUCACCCUGUCAAGCCCGCCUCGGGAACGCCUCUGAGUUACAAAGAGACGCGGGCAACGGCAAGGAGAUGAUUUCUUGUGCCUGCGACAAGGAAAAGAGGUGAAGGUCGAAGACUUUUCCAGCAUGUGCGAAACGAAGUCUGCGUGUGACAAUCCAGAUACUGCCGCGAUCAGCCCAAGAUCGCAGCCGCUGAGCCAACGAAUACUACUACCUACUAGGUAGGCAGAUGUCUUCCGCCUCUAUCAAUCAAUUGCCACUGCGAUCUCCAGAGAGGAGGGUAUUGCCGCGAUUGGCCGUGGCUGGCACGGUCUCUGGCAAAAAGAGAACGCCAAUCUUCGGCUCUUUUCUCUCGAGCUGAGGUGUCAGAUCAUCUCGAGGUGUUGCGCCUGGUCUAGACCUUGAUUCCUCGACCUCUGCGACUUAGCACGCACGUUUCUUUUGCCUAUCGAAGCUCGGGCCCAUACUCUGAGAGUCAGGUGAAUGAUGUGCUGCGUCUUCUCUGGGGGGCUGGGGAGAAAAGAAUUGAGAUGAUGAUACGUUCGAGAUAAUACCUUACCUAUGCAAUGGAAUAUCUAUCGGACAAUUAGGUAGGGCUUUAGGCCAAAUCAGCUCCGUAUACACC